UUGGAAGUUCCAUGUAAAACAGUUUAGGUUAAUGUAGAAUCAAGCCUGUAUACUCUUGAAGGGGGAGAAAAGGGAAACAAAGGAAAAAAUAAGUUAUAGUGCAGCGAACUCCCAAUGUUGCGUCUCUCUAUAAAAUAAAAUAAAAAUGUGGAUACUGACAAGAUACGCCUUUUGGGUUCCGGCUCGUACGUUCAGACGGGCAGCUGCCCAACAGAUUCCGGCGGCGAGGCGUGUAGUGAGUAGCUGGCAAAAGGAGAAGGUGGAAAGAAUGAAGUACGUUGUGGUAACAGGAGGGGUGGUGAGUGGUUUGGGGAAGGGCGUCACAGCAAGUAGCAUCGGUGUUGUUCUUAAAGCCUGUGGCCUUCGGGUUACCUCCAUCAAAAUUGAUCCUUAUUUGAACACUGAUGCUGGUACCAUGUCUCCUUUUGAGCAUGGCGAGGUUUUUGUGCUCGAUGAUGGUGGAGAGGUUGAUCUAGAUUUAGGAAAUUAUGAACGAUUUCUCGAUGUGACAUUGACUAAAGACAACAAUAUCACAACUGGAAAGAUAUAUCAGUCUGUACUAGAGAAGGAAAGGAAAGGUGAUUAUCUCGGAAAAACUGUUCAGGUGAUUAUACUUUGUUGCCGCUAUAUGAUGUAUGAGAAAAUCAGUGUAAAAGAAACCUAUCUAUCAGGGCAAGAUAACUUUUGCCUCAUUCACGUCAGUCUUAUACCUGUAUUGGGGGUCGUGGGUGAGCAAAAAACUAAGCCUACACAACAUAGUGUGCGGGAAUUGAGAGCAUUAGGUUUGAUUCCCCAUUUUUUAGCAUGCCGUUCUGCUCAGCCAUUGCUUGAGAAUGCCAAACAGAAGCUUUCGCAAUUUUGUCAUGUUCCUGUUGCUAAUAUCCUAAAUAUCCAUGAUGUUCCAAACAUUUGGCACAUUCCUCUCUUGCUUCAGAACCAAAGUGCUCAUGAUGCUAUUCUAAAGCAACUGGAUUUACUAAGUGUGGCAAGACAUGUUGAUUUACAGGAGUGGACCAGAAGAGCUGAGACAUCUGAUAACAUUACCAAAUCUGUGAGCAUUGCAAUGGUUGGGAAGUACGUUGGGCUAACAGAUUCAUAUUUGUCUGUAGUGAAGGCUCUUAUGCAUGCAUGUAUUGCAUGUUCAUUGAAGCCAUCAAUUGACUGGAUUGCAGCAUCAGAUCUUGAAGAUGAUAGUGCUAAAUUGAAUCCAGAAGCUCAUGCAGCUGCAUGGAAGACUCUAAGGGGUGCAACAUGCGUUUUGGUUCCUGGUGGAUUUGGUGAUCGGGGUGUCAAGGGAAUGAUGUUGGCUGCAAGGUACGCCAGGGAGAAUAGCGUGCCAUAUCUGGGGAUCUGUUUAGGGAUGCAGAUCUCUGUUAUUGAGUUUGCUAGAUCUGUUUUACAUUUGGAGAAGGCCAAUAGUGAAGAGUUUGAUCCCCAGACACCUGAGCGAGUUGUAAUUUUCAUGCCAGAGGGAUCAAAAACACAUAUGGGAAGUACCAUGAGGCUUGGUUCUCGAAGAACAUUGUUCCAGACUCCUGAUUGUAUCACUGCAAAGCUGUAUAACAAUUCAGAAUAUGUGGACGAACGGCAUCGGCAUAGAUAUGAGGUCAAUCCUGAGAUUGUUGGCUCUUUGGAAGAAGCCGGCUUGAAAUUUGUAGGAAGGGAUGAAAGUGGGAAACGGAUGGAGAUUUUGGAACUUCCAGAUCAUCCAUUUUACAUUGGGGUGCAAUUUCAUCCUGAAUUUAAGUCAAGGCCUGGGAGGCCCUCUGCUCCUUUUCUAGGUCUGGUCUUGGCAGCAACAGGACAGUUAGAAGCUUAUGUUAAGAGGCAGCAGAAUGGAAGUGUGUAUGCAAUACAUCAGCAGUAGCGGUCAUAUUGGUUUUGUAACGAGGUGCAUGUCUUAAAGAAUAUUAACAUAUAGUUGCCCAAGUACAAUCGAACCCAUGCAGACCAAGCGAUAGAUAGGGUACGAUGGAGAAGAUCUACCUAAGCGAUACCAAUUAGUUGUGCAUAUGUUAUAGUCAUGUAAGUUUAUUUAGUCUAGUCCUAUGCUUUUUAGGAGUUUUAACCGUCUGAGAUUUUUAUGCCUACAGAAAAUAUGGAGAACUUUUGGUAAUUUUUAUUUGUAUGAUGUUGGCCUGAGAUGACUUUAAAUGGAGAAACAUGCCAGUGAAGAUUCAUAACCCCAUGGGAUUGAGACGAA